AUGUCAUCAAAGGCCAAAUUGAAAUCAGCAAAAGAGUCUUUGGAUGCUAAGGACUUUGAUAAGGCAAAGAUAUCGGUAGAAGGAAUUCUUACAUUUGAGCCUUUCAAUUACAAUGCCAACGUCUUCCACGGUUUAGCUCUGCUAAAUUUGGGUGACGAAAUCGGUGCAGAGAAGGCUUAUAGGAGAGCUAUCGAAUCAAAUCCAACUCAAUUACUCGCUUGGAGGGGCUUGGCCAGCUUUUAUGAGAAAUGUGAAAACUGGAAUAGACUCAUAAAGACUCUGUUUGAAUUGCUUGAGUUGUUCCACGACGCCUCAGACGCUACGAAAUUAGCUGAGACUAUUCAAAAGCUAUUGCAGCUUCACAAGCAACUCAACAACAUCGACGAUUUGACAGAAUGCCUCCAUUGGUACUUGCCUGGCUCAAAAUAUUACGACUUGUUGACCACUCUACCACCACCAGAUCAUACCCAGCCUCUCCUUACCACUACUUACGAAUCACAAUGCGCUAUUUACGAUUCAUUGCCAAUUCUUAUUCAGUUGAAGGACAUACACCUCUCAAACAUGUCUCAGUGGAGGUGGUCUGAGAUGGAAAAAAGGAGAACUCGCUUGGGCGCGCCAAAAAGGGAUAUUAUUGAGAAGAACUUGAUAUCUGAAUCUUCAAAAGACAGCAAGUUAGAGCCCCUUUACUUGGAAAUACUAAAUCAUCCACUCACAUCCGACGAACUGAGGCGUGACAUCGAAGCAGCCCUCUUCAAAUUCAAACAUGACCAUCUCUUAGCCACAUCCCUCAAGGAAGCAGAUCUCAAGCAACAACUUAUCCACCAAGUCAUGACUAUGGCAACAGGAAUGGUGACAAUAAAUGUCCCCAAUUUGUUAGCGUGGACUACAAUAAUUGAGUGGUGCAAUGUUGAACAUCUCAAUGAAUACAAUGCAAUCCUGCUCAGACGCUUCCAAGCAUUAUUCCCAGAUCACCCUCUUUGCGGCGUCAUAAAUGGCUUAUUUGCUUAUCUUCCUUCUUUCAGAUUGGAAGAUGAUCCAACGCCUAUCAUGCCAAAGGACAUGGCACUCAACGCAAUUAUUGAUGGUAUUGAAUCAAACAACAGCUCUCUCUUCACUCAUAGAGUACUCAGCUUUGUUUACGAGACUGAGAAGCAAUUUGAAGACGCUUCAGCUGUCUCAGAUGCAGGUCUUGAUCUUUGUACUGUACUCGCUAAAGACAGUAGUCUAACGUACGACUUGCACAAUUUGGCUUUUGAACGCACACUUGCAAUCUCAUUCACUUAUAAUUUCCCUCCCAAGCAUCACAUGAGAGCAAUGGGGCAUAUCUACAACGUUCUCAACCUGCGCCCUCAAGACGUUGACAUUCUAACUGCUCAAGGAACCUGUAUGGAGUAUGGCGGCAAGUGGGAACAAGCGAGGGAAGUAUUCCAAAGGAUUAUUACCAUCGAUCCCGCCAACCUUAUUGCGAAAGAGGAGCACAGUUGGUGCUAUGUGAUGCAAUCUGAUUACGCAAGCGGAAAAGCUGGGCUAGAGGAGGUGUUGGAUGAGCUUUCUAAGAGAGAUGAUAUGGAGAACGUCGCAACCCACCAAGCAAGAUGCUAUUUCAAGCUAGGCAAAUGUCUUUGGGAGCAAGGUGGACAGGAGAAGAUGAGCUCCUACUCACUCUUCAUACAAUCAAUCAAACACGUCAACAAAUAUGCACCAUCUUUCACGUACCUUGGUCUAUACUAUUUACAGGUAGCUCAACCAAUCGAUGUCGUACGCGCGUCCAAGUGUUUCCAAAAGGCAUUCGAGUUGGAUAGCCGCGAAACAGAAGCAGCGAGAUGGUUAGCUGAUGGUUUCGCAGAUGAAAAGGAAUGGGAUUUAGUGGAAAUUGUAGCCAGGAGGACCGUCGAAGGUGAAGGUAGCACAGUCGAAGAAUUGGUUAAAGGUAGAUAUCUCAGUAGAAACGCCUGGGCAUGGAAAGCUAUUGGUGUGGUUGAACUCAACAGAAAUAACUAUGGUGCUGCUAUUGAAGCAUUCCAGAUCGCUUUGCGUGCAAAUACUGCCGAUAUGUCGAGCUGGUUGCGUCUUGGUGAGAGCUAUGCAGCUGCCGGACGUCAUUCUGCUGCUCUAAAAACUUUCGGUAAGAGUAGGGAACUGGAUAAUAGUGCAGAUAACUGGCUAGCUCUUUAUGCUACUGCUGACGUCUUGCGUUUGAUGGGAUUCCACGCAUCGGCUAUUGAGACUUUAAAGUCUAUCUACGAUAAAAACAACCUCGCGAUUGUGGUUGCAUUGUCUCAAUCAUAUAUUUCACAAGCACGUUAUGAGACAAUGAGCGGCUUCAAAGGCCGAGCCGUCGAGAGCUACAUUGAGUCAGUUAAACAUGCCCUUACUCUUGUUCACCAAGAGAAGUAUUUGAGGGUAGCGUGGAAGGUUUUUAGUGAUGCUUUCUAUGGAUUGGCUAAGCUGGCCGCUUUGGAUGUGCGUUCAGAUCUCAGUGAAGCUGUCGAGACUAUAGUUAGCGUAGUGAAGGAGGAAGAUAUCUUAGGGAAAUUUCAUAGCAAAGAUAUAAUCGACUUGGGUAGGAUCAGCAACACGAUCAACACGCGAAGCUCAAUCAACAGAGCCUGUGUUAUGGUGGCAAUACUCACCAGCGAAUUUGCAAUCACUUUGGAUUUCGGCAGACCAGAUAGCGUGGGGUCAUCGUGGUAUGAUCUCGCUAUCGUUCUUGAGGAGCUUUCUAAACAAAGCUCAUUGAAGUCAGAGGCAGAUGUUAAAAAGGAUACGUCCAAGCUGUCAAUUGCGGCAGUAAGGAACGCUCUACGCUCUGAGCCUGGCAAUGAUGACUAUUGGAACGCGCUAGGCAAUCUUGUAUUCGAGAGUGAUGCGCGACUUGCUCAGCACUCGUACAUCAAAGCCAUUGAGAUCGAUGGACGUAACCCCACAUACUGGACCAACUUAGGUUUCUUGUAUAUAGCACAGAAGGAUGCCGAGCUGGCUGGAUAUGCACUCAAGAAAUCCCAGACAGUUGAUCCAGACUAUGUGUAUGCAUGGGUUGGGUUAUCCAUCCUCGCGACAUCGGAAGGUCGACACGAGGAUGCCAGGAUGCUGUACGAGCACUCGUUUACUAUAUCAGGCGGCUCAGAGCUUGAGAGCAACUUUGGAUUCGCAUUUGCUCACAACAAGGCAGCGGAAAGCUCCGAAAUGCAUCGUCAAAACUACGCGAUGCAGAGGUUCACAGAGGACAGUCCGAAUGACUGCGCCGGACUGCAUCUGCACGCCCUUGUCAGUGAGCGCCUAGGACAGCACGACGUAGCACGAGCACAGAUAGAGCGUUGUGUCGAGCUCCUCGAGGCUGCGUAUGAAGAUAGCGAGAGUGCUGAAACUGAGAGGAAUUACGCCCUUGCAAAUGUUUCGCUAGGCAGGAUCCGACUCGCGUUGGAAGAGUAUGGUGGCGCAAUAGAAGCAUUCAAUAUCUCUCUUAGUCUGGUCGAAGAGGAGGAAAAAGAUAUGAAGCUGUCAGCUAUGCUUGGCUUGGGACUGGCUGGGUAUUAUAGCGACUCGUCGCACACACCCAUCAAAGAUGCUUUCGACGAGUUUAAACAUGUCGAUGCUGGUGUGCUUCUCGCGCAGCUCUUGUGGUGUAAGGGCGACAGAGACUCGGCUACGUCUGUGUUAUUGGAGUGUGUGGAAAUUGAUAGCGAGUAUCUCCCUGCUAUCUCCACCCUCGCAGCUAUAGGUAUACUCACACACGACGGUGGGCUGCUCGAUGCUGCAUUGUCUGAAAUCCUGUCUAUGCCCAUUGACAAGCGCAGCGAGAUUGAUAAGCACAGGGGUGUGCACAAGCUGCUCGUUCAGAAUACUUUGAUGAGCGGAGACACACUCUCAACAAUCAGAAUGCUCACUAAGCAGUUAUCCUUCGAGCCAUACGCUCAAGACCUCAAGAGGGACCUCUCCAAGCUGCUACUAGCAACCGACAAGAAAGAUCUGGGUGUGAACGUAGCAUUGGCCGACGACAGCAUUGCGACCAGAUUAAACGCUAGCAAUGUCGCCUUGCAAGCUCUGGCUAAAGCUGACGGAGGAAUGGCAGAGGAGGCAUUGAAAGAUGCUCAACGUGCACUGCACAUUGAUCCAACGGACCAAGACAACUGGAAGACAGUCGCAUUGCUCAAACUACUCGUGUAG